GCCCUCGCUUGGCGCAGCUGCACUCCUGUCCUCCGGCAGGUCCGAGGGCGCCGGAAACCCAGCGGCGGCGAAGCAGAGAGGAGGCCCCUGCGUCUCCGCCCGUAGGGCUCCGGGUCUGGGGUCUGCGCUGGAGCCGCGCGGGCAGAGGCCGUCGCUGCGCCCGCCGCGCCCUCUCCCGACCGUCCGGGUCCGCGGCCAGCCCGGCCACCAGCCAUGGGCUCUCGCCCGCUGUCGCCGCCGCGGCUGCUGCUGCUGCUGUCUCUGCUGCCAGUGGCCAGGGCCUCAGAGGCCGAGCACCGUCUAUUUGAGCGGCUGUUUGAAGAUUACAAUGAGAUCAUCCGGCCUGUGGCCAACGUGUCCGACCCAGUCAUCAUCCAUUUCGAGGUGUCCAUGUCUCAGCUGGUGAAGGUGGAUGAAGUAAACCAGAUCAUGGAGACCAACCUGUGGCUCAAGCAAAUCUGGAAUGACUACAAGCUGAAGUGGAACCCCUCUGACUAUGGUGGGACAGAGUUCAUGCGUGUCCCUGCACAGAAGAUCUGGAAGCCAGACAUUGUGCUGUAUAACAAGUACAUAUUCAGCAACUGCUGUAUACCAGGGACCAGAGAUGUUGGAAAGCCGUGGAUAGCAACAGUUUGCUGAAUGGCUUCAAAACAGGCAUGGGUGGGUGGAGGAAAGCUUCCGGGAAGAAUUGGCAUUUGAAUUGAGUCCUGAAGAUUGUGCAGGAUCUCAGGACAUGGAGCAGACGAGGGCCUGGGGAGGCAGGAGAGUAUGUCAUGGGCAGCCAAGGUGACCUCAUUGGCUGGACUGUGGGACAUAAGGAUGGAAAGAUCCAUGGGCCAAGGACAAACCUGUGUGUGGAGGGGGAAGGCUCAGAUGCCGGGGGCACCUGGAAUGUAGCAUCUGUUAGCAGCUCUGUGCAAACAGACAGGAAUGGAGUAAAUGGUCCCUCCUCACUUUUUCUUUGAGAGAGAAUGAGAGUGUUGGAGAUCAUAGCUGGGUGGGCCCCGCCUGGCUAAUUUUUGUAUUUUUUAGUAGAGAUGGAUUUUUGCCAUGUUGGCCAGGCUGGUGUCUUAAAC